AUGAAUGAUCGCCUGAUGAGCCCGCGCCUGCCCCCUGGUGGAUCUAACUUCCCCACCAUCAUCAGUGCCUCUGCUCCAUCAAUGACUGCCUCAGACGAGGCGAAGACAAUGUUCCACGAGGACCUGCAUGCCCUCCUGGGGUCUAUGCCGAAGACGGAUAAGCUGAUUGUCCUUGGGGACUUCAAUACCCGCCUCGGGACAGACUGUGCUGUCUGGAGGGGGGUGUCGGGUCCCCAAGAAAUCGCCGACUGCAACGACAAUGGCCUCCUCUUGUUGCGAACCUGCGCUGAACACCGGCUCCUGCUGACCAACAUCUUCCUCCGCUUUCCGAUGAGGAAGAAGGCCACUUGGAUGCGCUCCGCGGUCCUGGCAGUUGCUGGACCAUGUUCUUGUCCGGCGGCGCGAUCGACAGGACGUGAGGGUGGCUAA